AUGCUCAACCGUUGGCUCACCAUUCAUAUCGACAUUGAACGAAUCCUCGGAAAACUACUAGAGACUGCCAACAAGUGUGGCUAUGAACCUACCCUUUCUGCUACCGUCCCUCCCGCGAACAAGAGCAAGCGUAAGGGUAAACCGGAUGGCUCGAACGAGCAUCCAAUUCAAUACAGUGCUACUACCAAAGACCUACAAAAGUUCGCCGAGGUAAUUGCCGGUUCUUCUCUCAACGUGCCGAGAUCAGUCCUCACCAUCGCGAAACGCGCCAUCAAAUUGAGGAAAACAGUCACUUCAUGGUUCUUGGGUCGGGGCGACAUCGCGAACAAUAAGCGACAUGCUCAUUUCAUCACUGCGCUGGAGCCAAUCUGCGAGGAUCUUGAAUGGAAGACCACCGUGCCCUCCAAGCCAGACGCUAAGCAGCCACAGUCAGCGCCUGAGGCUCACGAUGACGACGCCGAUGCUGACAGGUUCUUAAACAAGUUUGCUGUCCUCACGGUAGAGGAACCUGAGGAUAUCCCAGAAACUAAAUCGGCACCCGCAGAAUCGAAGAAGAUUGUCAAGGUCACCGUGGUGGAAGACGACAAUGAAGCGGCCGACUCCUAUCUUGGUCACUUGUUUUUCAAGACCCUGUGUUUACUCCAGGACUUGGAAAACAUGCGGAAGUUUAUUUCCAUCACCUGGUCGGAGUGCCGGGAUAGGAAAAUCGACCUUAUGAACGCCGCUGUCGUGACGGACAGUGCGUUGCAACUUGCCCAAGAUAUGGUGAAGGAGGUCGAGGCUGACUGGCUCGCUACUCGUACUUCGCAGAAAGAUGAUAUUCAGAACCUUGUCUACAAUCUCGCUGUUAUUCGUCGGGGCAUCUCCGCGGCUCCAUCCACGGAGAUUGGCCUGCCAUACAACAAGAACAUGGCUGAUGUAGCUGACUGGUGCUACGUGCCAACUAGGGUCCUGCUCGACGCCUUUGCUAAUGUUCUCCAGGACAAUCACCAACCAGUCUUCAAAAAGGGCUACUUCGGUACAUAUAACCCAAAGGCGGACAGAGCGCGGAUGUCUGUGGGCCAGAAGUUCAACGAAGACAAAAUCAUUCUUCUUUCAAUUCUGCCAGAGUUUUGCAUGUUUGAUACCUUCAAAUUCAAGACGCCUACAUCGGACGCGAUCACGAAAGGUCUCGUUGAGUUUUCCAGGAACAAAAAGGUUACUCUAUGGCUCUGCUUUGCCUCCCAGAUCUUUCUCGACAUCCAUCAUAUCAUGCGACACAGUACCCUGGGUGCCUUUGGAGACCUUCGCAUGUCGGGACUGCGCAUUCAGAAGAUCAUUGAUGAGUACCUGAAAUUGUCCAAGACACAUCCCCAGCCCAAGUUUUGGCCAAAGGAGGGCGACGAGGAGAUUCGGGCUAUAAGUGCCACUGUGGAUUCCUGGAUUAUACAAGACGCGUUCCUCAAUUUGCGGGUUCUGUCUGGACUUGACAAAACCGGCUCAGCCCCUGAAAAGCAUGCACUCUUAUCGCAGCACCCUGUCCUAUGCGGACUGAUUCUAUUCCACCUCAAUAUUAGAAUGCAGUAUGUGGGCCAGAAGCUUGUCACCCAAUGGUAUGACGUCCAACAGCUGGCUUUCUUGCAUAACCUCGUUAUACAGUAUGCAACGCACAAGGACGUGAGAUGGCCCGAUAUGGAUGCUUUCAUCAAGAUCCAUGGCGAGUCUCAUAUCUUCAUUGGUUCGCGUCCAAAGACCGCCGGUGAAUCUCUAAACAGGCUUGAAUUGGCCACAGGCGUCUCAUCCGCUGCCAAUUUUGCGCGCGAUUCCCGGAGUAGACCUUUUCAUAAGCCCGAUGGCAAGAAUUUGCGCUUGCUCAAGCCCACCACUGCAGUUGCGAACUUGUUCUCCUCCAAGUACGUUGAGGGUCUCGCGGAAGAUGCCGGGAUCGUCCACAUUGACCGGAUCCUGGACGAGCUCUCACAGCAAUCUAAGCGUGAAUCAUCAUCUUGCAACGAGCCCCACAGAGCUAAUGCAGAACUCUCGAUUACCCGAAAGUGGUCUAACACCCGUAACAUUGACACACUCCACCUUUUGGCCUUCCUAAAGACCAAGCUUUACGAAGAGGAGCCUGUCAUCUUGUACAACUACUUCGGCAUGCACAAACGUUCCAUCGAGUUACUCCGACUGAUCCGACAGAAAGAACACCACAAAUUUGUUCAAUAUUUCACAGCCGGAUACAUGGACGAUGAGUCCUUCAUCUUCAACAUUGUCUUUCUCAUCCACCACGUCGCACGAGGCUCGGCCCAAAACGCACGUGCGAUGGGACUUGGAUCCGGGGACGUGGAGUUAGUGAGUCGCAUUGUCAUGAGCUCUGGCGACGUUAUGCGUGAAUACUUGGAGAAAAACGGUGAUGUGGCGUGUAAAGAGCUGAGAGUAUUUUGCAAGAACAAAAAGCCCAUUAAAGAUGAGGUUGCUGACCAUGCGGGUGAAUCGGACGGGCUGGUGACGUCUUGGCUGCACCUUGAGGAGGUUCUGGGUCCGAAGGGCGUGGCCUCGCUUAUGACGGGGAUCCCGAUGGCUUAG